AACGUGACUUGCACCGUGUCUAAAAAGAAGGAAAGCAGUCUGAUUCAUGAAUAAAAAUCCGAGGGCAAGUGUACAAGAAACAAUAGUUCAAAAAAAAAGAUAAGAUGUAGACAAAUGUUUACAAAGCCAUCUGUUGCUAUGUGUAUUUCAAACAUUGUUUGCAAAGAUUUCUGAUAAUUGCAUAUAUAUAAUAGCACGGAACGGUGGCAAAUUGAACGGCAUCAGCAUCUCAGCGUCGCCUCAGUCAGUUGCCGUGAGGAAGAUUUUAUCAGAAUCAGGAGUAAACCCGGACCACACCGCGUGCAAGACUCAACCAAACUGCAAUAGAUUAAGAAUGCCCAACAAAGCGACGAUAGCAUUCAUGGUUGUGUAUGGGAUCAUAAUGCAUUGCAAUGUCUACUGUUCACCUACCGGGAUGGAUUACCCAGGAUUUAGGGACGAAGAUGAGGCGUAUGAUGAAAAGGGAAACUCGCUACCUGAUUUGACUUACGAAACUGAUCGAAAUGGUAUCCGAAUUCCUUCAUCGAUGAUUAGCGACAUGAACACGUUAUACUAUCUGCCGGAGAAAAGAUCGCAGAGAAACGCUGAUGCACACUUUCAUCAAGACGCAAUCGUCAGAAAGCAAAAUAAUCAAAUGCAGAGCUUCUUUAGAUCGCUCAUUCCAACAAAGCGCGAUGGUGCCGGCGACGUUGAGAAGGACUCGGAACCGCUGUCAAAGCGACAUUCCGAUGGCAUCUUUACCGACAGCUACAGCCGUUACAGGAAACAGAUGGCUGUCAAGAAAUACCUGGCAGCUGUCUUGGGGAAAAGCCCUGAAGAUAUUAAUAUUCUCCAAAUUUUCGACGACAUAUUCUUUGAUGCCCUGCUUAGGCUUCUUCAGUUGGUUUAUGAUAUUGAUUUGGGAGAAUUGCUGCAGCAGAUGUCCCUGUCGGCAAAUUGACCCAGGAUGCAGCUUGCGGCUUUGGUGCCUUGUUCGUCAUUUAAAUCGAUAUGAAUUACAGAGGGUUUAUUAUUUUUUUCUUUUUUUCUUUUUUAAAAGCGGCCCUACAUUGCUGCAACACAUCAGCUUACACUUGAGGCUCUUGCCUUCUCGGAUCUCGUGGUGUUUUCGUUGCAAGUUGUAUUUGAGUCGGUGAUUUCUGUACUGCACUAAGUGUGGUGUUCAGCCUGUGAGAACUAUUAACUAUUCUAGACGUCUUAAUAAAAUGUUGUGCUUCGUUAAUGUUUGCGUGACCAAACGACCUUAUGUAUAAUCAUAGGGACACGAGAUGCCUUAGUAAACUUUACACAGACUACAGACAUUUGAUCGACCUUGAUUAAACAAUAAUAGAAACAG